AGCCCGUCUUGCGUAGCAAAAUAAAAUGGUACAUAACAAUUUUUUUCUUUUUGCCUUGCAGGCUAAAUGAAACACACUGCACAAUUCCUGCAGAACGACCCGGUCCAAGUCCCUCCGAACGCCGAAUCCAUCCCAAGUCAAGAGCUGCUCAACCAUAACUUCCCAGAAAUUAUGGGCGCAGUACUCAUUAAAUCCCAUCCUACGCCGCGAUACCGUCCUAAGCCAAGACCAUUAUUUCUUAUUCAAUGCCCCGAACUCCAAACCAUUUUCAAGUGCACGCUGUCCCUAUUGCUCAUCGACCUCACCAUCCCUUCUGACAUCCACCAAUCUUCCUAUGUCUCGUUCCCUUCCCCUUAUACUUGCGCUUUUUCAUCUCAGGAUCCUCCUUUACCAACUCCUCAAACAGAAACUCCCAAUGCUCAGCCCACCACUCCGGCUUCCACACAAAAUACUCAACGCUCUUCCAUUGCUCCCCUGCCACCCUCGCCAAACUCAAAAAUCUAUGCGUGGUCCGCUCAUUGCUCUGUGCCUCCAACGGCGUCUUGGUCGGCUGAACAACGACUAUUGUUUCGACAUUAUGCGUCUGGUAUAUUGCUUGUGGGUCCGAGUUGAGCACCUGGCAGCGGAGGAUAUUAUGCUUUUGCGCAUCGAAAGGAGUUUCGAUGCCAUUUUUGGGCAAGUGUAUAUGGCCGCCUGUGUAGAUCAUC